UCCAAGAGCGUAAACGAUGACUACCCCAGCCCUGCUGCCCCUGUCUGGACGAAGGAUACCACCCCUGAACUUGGGGCCGCCUUCCUUCCCACAUCACAGGGCUACCCUGAGACUUUCUGAGAAGUUUAUCCUCCUCCUUAUUCUAAGUGCCUUCAUCACCCUGUGUUUUGGGGCAUUCUUCUUCCUUCCAGACUCUUCAAAACACAAACGCUUUGAUCUGGGUUUGGAAGAUGUGUUAAUUCCUCAUGUAGAUGCCAACAAAGGGGCUAAGAACCCUGGAGCCUUCCUGAUUCAUGGACCCGAUGAACAUAGACACAGGGAAGAAGAGGAACAUUUGAGAAACAAAAUUCGAGCUGAUCACGAGAAGGCCUUGGAAGAAGCAAAAGAAAAAUUAAAAAAGUCGAGAGAGGAAAUCCAAGCAGAAAUUCAGACAGAGAAAAAUAAGGUAGUCCAAGAAAUGAAGACAAAAGAGAAAAAGCCACUGCCACCAGUCCCUAUACCAAACCUUUUAGGAAUAAGUGGUGGAGACCCCGAAGAUAAUGACAUAAAAAAGAAAAGGGAAAAAAUUAAAGAGAUGAUGAAACAUGCCUGGGAUAAUUAUAGAAUAUAUGGAUGGGGGCAUAAUGAACUCAGACCUAUUGCAAAGAAAGGCCACUCCACUAAUAUAUUUGGAAAUUCACAAUUGGGUGCUACCAUAGUAGAUGCUUUGGAUACCCUUUAUAUCAUGGGACUCCACGAUGAAUUCCGCGACGGGCAAAAGUGGAUUGAAGACAACCUUGAUUUCAGUGUGAAUUCAGAGGUGUCUGUGUUUGAAGUCAACAUUCGAUUUAUUGGAGGCCUGCUCACAGCGUAUUAUCUUUCAGGAGAGGAGGUAUUCAAGAUUAAAGCAGUCCAAUUGGCUGAGAAACUCCUUCCUGCCUUUAACACACCUACUGGGAUUCCAUGGGCAAUGGUGAAUCUGAAAAGUGGAGUCGGCCGGAACUGGGGCUGGGCGUCUGCAGGCAGCAGCAUUCUCGCUGAAUUUGGGACACUGCACAUGGAGUUUGUCCACCUCAGUUACUUGACAGGGGACCCGGUUUAUUACAAAAAGGUCAUGCACAUUCGGAAACUACUUCAGAAAAUGGAACGUCCAAAUGGUCUUUACCCAAAUUAUUUGAACCCAAGAACAGGUCGCUGGGGUCAGUAUCAUACAUCAGUUGGAGGGCUGGGAGACAGUUUUUAUGAGUACUUGCUGAAAGCAUGGUUGAUGUCAGAUAAAACAGACCAUGAGGCGAGAAAAAUGUAUGAUGAUGCUAUUGAGGCUAUAGAAAAACAUCUUAUUAAGAAGUCCCGUGGAGGCCUCACCUUUAUUGGAGAAUGGAAGAAUGGGCACCUGGAAAAGAAGAUGGGGCAUUUGGCCUGCUUUGCGGGGGGAAUGUUUGCACUUGGAGCAGAUGGUUCCAGAGACAAAGCUGGUCAUUACUUAGAGCUAGGGGCGGAGAUUGCACGUACAUGCCAUGAGUCAUAUGACAGAACUGCUUUAAAGUUAGGUCCCGAAUCCUUCAAGUUUGACGGUGCAGUAGAGGCAGUGGCAGUCCGGCAGGCUGAGAAGUAUUACAUCCUCCGUCCCGAAGUCAUCGAAACCUAUUGGUACCUGUGGCGAUUCACCCAUGAUCCGAGAUACAGGCAGUGGGGCUGGGAAGCAGCUCUGGCUAUUGAGAAGUAUUGCCGCGUCAGCGGCGGGUUUUCCGGGGUGAAGGAUGUCUACUCCUCCACGCCUGCCUAUGACGACGUGCAGCAGAGCUUCUUUCUGGCUGAGACGUUAAAGUAUUUGUAUCUGCUGUUCUCCGGGGAUGACCUUUUACCUUUAGACCACUGGGUGUUCAAUACGGAGGCUCACCCUCUGCCCGUUUUGCGCUUAGCCAACACCACACUUUCAGGAAACCCGGCUGUUCGAUGAAAGCAGCUUCAGAAAGACCAUUCUCACCUGUGUGUUGUUUACAUGGACCGCUUAGAAGUUAAUCCGAGAGGGGACUUCGGAAAACCUGAACCUCUUACGUCAGCCGGCAGGGUGAAACACGACUCAUUCCCCACGGACUUGUCAACUUGUAGAUAUCUCAACUUUGAAAUGAUUCCAUUUUGUACCUGACCAAAACACGUUCCGGUGUGCGCAGGACAGAGGUGGCCGCGUGAGAAACGGCUCCACUUUGGCCGGGACUGUGUCUGAGUCCCGGGGUCUGAGGCUGGACUCCCUGGGAAUGAGCCCAGAGUGUGGGUGUCACAGCAGGAGUUACAGAUGGCCUUUGUCACCAGUUUGUACGUCUCCCCCAAAGGGGAGCAGCUUUCAAAUCAAACGUGUACACAUUGUUUAGCCCUUUUUCUCCAUUUUCAAUAAUGGAGUGAACUAAAAUAAACAAGGACAAAAGGACGGUGUCACUGCAUCAGCAGCAAGAAGACUCGGAAAAGAAACAGAAGUACCUACCCCUGUCUGAAGUUUCAAGUUCCUAUUGGAUGACCAGACUGGCAACCGUUUCAAAUCCCAAUCUAUUCCAUUGCAAUUUCUUAGUUAAAUCUAGUUUUCUCUGGGGGCAUGAUCUGACAAAGAAUAUUCGUCAAGUCUGUCUCCGUAUGGAGUCAUCGAAACUAGUCGUCACAGCCACGGCGUACGAGCCUGGGUUCGGGGUUCUGUGCAUGGCAUUCAGUCUCGUGUUGGCAGCAUGACAAAAAGUGGGGAAAUGCGCAGUUUUUGCCUUGAAACCUGUUCUAAGGGAAAGUGUUGGUUUUGUUGGUAGGAGAUUCUUUUUCCAAACCAGCAAAUCUACCAAGUAAAUUUUAACCAUUUUAACCUCAUUGUAACCUAGUAGAAUCCCUCAACUUACAACUUUAUUUACAUGGCUUGACAGAAUCCGCUGGCAGCUCUGAGUUUGCCACGGAAAGCCCCACAGCUUGCGCAUCUCACUGAGUCAAAAGCAGGACACCUAGAGUGGAACUUCCUUCAAUAGCCUCAUCUGAAAUGGGGACAUGGGUCCUUGAUUAUCUCAUCAGAUGAGUGAGCUUUUCAAAAAUAUUUUUAUGUAAAAAUAAAUUUAACUUUUAUUUUCUCCAAGAAUAUUUAUAGAAAUCCAAAGAGUUCAUCAAAAUAGCUGCAAAAUAAUUUUUAGUGAUAAAAGUGUGGUGCAAUUAAUCAUAUUACACUGAAUUUGGGGUAUAAUAGCUAAAGGAUUUCCUCACACCAUCAAUAGGUUUUGCAGUGAUAAUUCUUUUUAAGUAAAUUAAUGUUUCUUUAUAUUUGGGGGGAAGAAUUUGAAUUUUAUCAAGAAUUAUAUUGUAAGAUAAAUAUCUAAUGCUUAUAAAUUUUCUGUCCCUUGAAUUUAUGUCACAGUACAAGACACUUCUUUAUAUUUAAUACCAACAGCUUCCAUUGACAAUAAAAGUUGGGAACAGUAUAAUUAGUUCAGUAUUUACCCUGAAUCUGAAGAUUUCAUGAAACAAUGUCUGCGAGAAACCCACCUCGGCAUUCUGCAGGCAUAUUUCCUUAUUUUGAUUGCUUUUCUUUUUGACCUUUCAUGGACAUGUAGAUUAAAUUGGAAAAAGAUUUAUAAAUUAACUAAAUAUUUUCUAAGGGUGAUCAUCUUACCUCACGAAUAGUCAAAAACUCUUCACAGUCAGCAAAUGAUCAGUAACGAGGACCACCCACGACUUUUUAGUGUGUGUAAGACAACAAGGGUGUGGAUCCCGUUGCGUCACUUCAGUCUUAAAGAGCUCUCAGUUUUAGCUCCUAUUUUGAAAUUGUAAUAUCUUUUACUACUUGAAAAUUGAAAUUUUAAAUGAGAAGGGUAGGUGACUGUAACUUCAGAAGAGAAAGGGGAAAAAAAGUACUUGAUUCUCAAAAAUAAAGUGAAAACCUUGAGUUGGCAAGGGCCCAGACAGCUGUGUAGGCGGCAAUGAACCCGCCCUUACUUCGUUUAGAAGAAUUCAGAGUAAAGGGCCCUUCUGGGUUCCCCAGGAACUUCUCAAGGAAUAAGACAGAACCCUCACUCCCAAGUGCUCUGUCGUAUUUCUCCAGUGGCUGGAGUUUGGCAGAAGGCAGACACGGGUACAAGCCUGGCCAGUGCUGGAGCGAGCACACAACUUGAGAGGGAGGUUCAGUGGGAGGGUCUUCCUCAGCACCCCCUCCCUUCCUUGUGAGGACGAGAAGACCAGAGCCUCGAAUAAUGCUUCCAUUUUUUCCCUUCUGAAUACCAAAGGCAAUUAAAUUAAAGUCAGCUACAAAUGACUUUCCAGGGUCAUGUUUUAUUUUUGUUACGGAUUUUUAAAAUUAUUUCUUUCAAGAUCAAUCCUUAUGCCAUAUUCUGCUUAGUUUCCAAGAGUGUUCUUUACUUUGUCCUGUUCUUGACAGUCCUUUGCAUUUCGUAGAUCUAUUACUCAGGCUAAAUAACUUGUUACAUGCAUAAAGCCUUCUGCAAAGGGCCUAGAAAUGCUCCUUUCCAGGUGUCUCUUCAGAGUAGACGCCAUACUUUGUGCCUUUGGCACAAAUAUGCAAAAUAGGUCAGUUGGUACAUUAAAAAAAAAUAGAGAUGGGUGAAUACCCCUCUAACUUCUACAUUUAGUUCUUUCACAAUUUUAGAAUCACCUUUUUGUUCAAACCAGUAUGAAGUUGUUAAGACCAAGAGAAUGUGGCCCUGACCAAAAAGCAGCCUUGGUGCAGAAAAAUGAGUCCCCCGUCAGAGGGCGCUUCCUUUCCGGCGGGUGUGUGCUGUGGCGUGUCUCUCCGACGCCAGCUUGUCCCUGUCCUGGAGCAAAUGUUUCUGUGUAACUGAGGGUGGGGGGAAUGUAUUCCUCUUGUGGAAUAUCGACCCUGCUUUUCUACGGUGUCACCUAGGGCUCCACUGGAUAGGUUUCAACCGUGCCGUUGGAACUUCUGAUCCUCUCAUCUCCACUCUCCGUUGCCGGAGUCUCUGUCAGAACUACAGGUGUGUUGAUAAGAGCUUGUGCAUGCCGUUCUCAUUAUGCAAUUUCUCCUGAAGCCUGGAUUUCUCAGAAUGAAUGUGGGAGCGAGUGAGCAGCACACAGUGCCCGCCCUGUGCCAGGCUGUGCGCUGGGCACUGGCGGGCGUCAGGACAUCUGUGAUUCCACUGGCAUUUUCUGUAUGAGAGUAGUUCAUGCCAUUUUAAAUGGUUCCCAGUAUCAGUCAUGUUUCAAAACUCUUUAUAGUUCCUUGAAAUUAAAGAGUAAAAUAAAUUAUUUAUAAUAUAUUUUAAACAGUGUGUUACUGCAUAAUCCCAACAGCUGUAAUUGUAGUUAAUAACUGAACUUUCAGAAAAUGUCAAAAAAUACUUGAUUUCUGAUGCAACUUGGGCUAAAAUACUUAGAAAUAAAUGCAAACAUUCUUAUUUUGCUACAUUUAAUUACAUAAUUAAAAAUAAUGUUUUCUAGAAAUGCUGGUUAUUUUAUAUUCAAAGUUUUUUGUCACAUAAUUCUUGGGUAAAACUUUCAGUUGUAUACUGGUUUUGCUCUGUGUCCUAAUAGUGGUUCCAUGAUGUUAAUACAAAGAAAAAUACACUAAAAUAUUUCUAAGUUCCAGAUAGUAGUUCUCAGUAAUAGUACUUUGAAUAGUCAUUUUUUCUUUAGGUUUUCUUACCCUUAAACUGGCUAGCUCAUGUCUUAUCCAUUCUUCACCUAGAUGUAUACAUAAAUACAGUUUUACACAGAGAGAGGUUUUCACACCAUGGGUUUUUUUCACUGACAAAGGCUGGUUAACUGGUUUUGGCUGCACAGCUUCUGAGCAGAAUAUUUGAGUAACCAAAUAUGGUCUUGAGAUAUUUUAAUGGACUUAUUCGGUUCAAGAACAUUGGUGCUGAUGAUUCUCUGUUACUGUAGCUCAUUCAGAUCAUGGUGGAGGUGUUCUUUUUGCUCUUUCGUGGCUCAGCAAGCUUUUCUCUGAAGGUCCAGAUAAAUGUCUUAAGCUUUGUGAGCUGCCCUAUCUCUACGACUUGACUACUCCGUGCUGCCACUGAGACUUGAGAGCAGAUGCAGGCAGUGUGCAUAAAUGAAGUGUUCCAGUGCAGCUUCAUUUACAAAAACAUGGAGGGCUGGGUUUUGUCCAUGGGUCACAGCUGUUCACCUUGAUCCCAAAGUUUAAUUUGUGUGUAAGACUAAUCUUUGAUCUGCACCUUUUCUCUGUGUUUGAGUUAUGCAAUUCAUUUAAAGCAAAACGACAUGUGUAUGUAUGAGUGUGUGUAUUUGUGUAACCUGAAGCUGUACAUUUUGUUGUCUUGAAAAUAGAUAUACUCCUGGAUCUGUCCAGCUUUCAGUAUGGUGUAACUAUCAUGAAAGAGGCAUAUUUUUUGUUCUUGGGGUGUACUGUCAGCCAAUAUCCUUGCCUUGUCAUUCAGUGCCACAAUGCCAGAGUCCCCACGUAAAACAAAGUGUUUCUGUGGUGUCAGAAUCGUAAUUCUGUUGAAGUUCCGCCUGCUUGUUGACCUUUGGACCAGGACUCUGGGUUGCUGGGGCUGCAGAAUUCCUCCACUCGAGUGCUCUUAGAACCCUCUGUUAGGAAUACGAUGGAGUUUCCGAACCUUUGUGCUGCAGAAACCAACCUCCUGAAAAGUUUCAAGCAACAGAAAAUGGGUUAUGUGCCAUUUGGCAGCCACUGUUACUUUCGUAGGCUGCAGAGGGCACGGCCCCUGUUACCUCCAGAACUGCCUACAGCUGAGGAGUGCAGAGAAAGACCCAUCCACAAGGACAGUCUCCCCUCCUCUUCCCUCGCAUAACUGGCCCGAAACCCUUCUACAAGUCUCUGGCAUUGUUUCACAAUGUCAAUAUGCAUCAUAUUGGAAUUAAAAUCUCACUCCAUCUCAACCUUACACUUCCACUGUUUAACAAGUAAUCCAUUUUAAACUUUGUUUAAGCUCAGCAGAACUCAUGAAAUGACUCAACCCCGUAUUACUAGUAUUGCAAUGCACCAAUCAACCUUAGAGAUAAUGUUUUGCUAAAAAGUUCAUCAAAUAUUUCACGAUUUUUGGAAAUUCUAGAGGGGAAGCUUGUAUUCCGAGUGACAGGGAGCGCACAUCACGGGCUGCCUUUCUAAGUCCAGCAUACUCUGCGGAUCACUGCAGCUCAGUGUGAAAGUGAGCAUGCGUGCAAGCACACAGACCCACAUGCAUUUAUCAUGUAGAGGAUUUAAACAAUCGCAGAUGUCGUACAGCUAUUCAAACAUUACAGGAUUCACUGCAGAUUGCAUACCAGAAACUCCAUGGAGAUAAGCUGAGUUCUCUUGGGGAAGGUUAUUUUUUAGGAAACCUAGAACUUAGAUUUUGUUGGAUUAAUUAAAUAACUUAUCCCCAGUUUUAAUGACUGGCUUUGGAAGUUGAAAUGCCGUUGCUCAAUCAGACUGGUCUCAAAUUCACCAAUACAGUUUCCUUAAACCGGAAGUGGGGUAAGUGUAACCUCCUAAAUUGGUACCCACUGGCCGCUCCUGAAUGGUUUCCAGUCAUGUCCUCCAUAUGUAAUUUUUAUAAAGCAAAGGUAAUAUUGUAUAUUAAAGGUCAAAUAAAGAUGUUCUUUAAGUGAAAA